AUGAGUAACGAAGACGAGGCACUGAAGACUGCUAAGCUCAAACGCCGAGCAGCCAAGUCUACAUUGACAAGACUGGGAAAGGCCUUGAAUCAUCUGUGUAUAAAUAAAAGACCAGCAAACGAGGUAAGCGACUAUCUCGUUAAAGUAAAACAAGCGUUCGACAACGUGGUAGAGAAACAUGAGCUUUAUGCAAAUUUGAUUAUGAACGAUGAAGCUUUUGAAGCAGAAGAGCAUUGGUUAGAUGAGUGCCAAAACGAAUUUUUAAAACUUGAUAUUGAGGCAAAAUAUUAUAUCGAACAAUUGGUUUCAGUGAAAACUUCAGAAGCUAGCAUCAGUCAAAACGAGCAAAAUUCGUCUGGAAUGAUCGGAAUGCAAAAUGUUGACAGCGCAAGUAAUAUGAGCCCCACAGUUAUUGAGGAAAACCCGACCAGCGUAGGUGAUGAAAUGAGCAAUGUGGCGGAAAGUUCCCACGCGGUAAUUUCCGAGGAAUCUGUCAACGCUCCCACCGAAAUAAGCCCAACAAAUGAGGAAAAUUUUCCGAAUCAAAUUACGUCCCAAUCUGAAGUAAAAAAUGAAUCUGAAAAUACACGAAGUCCCUGCGGGUUUCAAAUGGAAAAACCAAAGCUACCGAAAUUUUCGGGCGACGUACGUGAAUAUGCAAUAUUUCGUGCGGAUUUCAAGCAUGCAAUUGAAUCGAGAUAUACAAAACGAGAUUCAAUAACACUACUGCGAACUUGUUUAAAAGAGAAACCACUUGAAUUAAUAAAAGGUAUUGGUUCUGAUUAUGAAGCAGCGUGGGAAUACUUAGAUUCCAUAUACGGGGACCCUCGGUACGUAUCAGACACCAUAACGCAGGACAUCGUUAAAUUUAAAGCCCUAGAAACAGGAGAAGACGCGCGUUUCUGUGAUUUAGUUCAUUUGGUUAGGCGGUGUUUCAACACGUUGAAAGAGAGAGAGAAAAAGCCCGCAACCCUUAAAGCGUUGAUGAAUUGGAUGACAAUUGAGAUGAAGUCGCGCAUGCGUGCAACAGCCCCAGUCAGGAGUGGUACGUCUCUCACUCGACGCAAAGUCAAUCAUGUCAAUGGUACAGUCACGGAAGAAAGUAAAAACCGAUUCAAGUGUUGGCUCUGCAAGAACUCAAAUCAUUGGCCGGACCAGUGUCAAAAAUUGGCAGCGAUGUCUGUUGAUGAGCGAAUAAAAGUUGCGAAAGAUAAUCACGUGUGUUUCAGCUGUUUGAAGAAAGCAGGUCGGGAUCAUCGUCAAGCAAAUUGCAACAGGCGAAAGCAAUGCACCAAGUAUGAAAACGGAGUCCAGUGCACAUCCAGUCACCAUCCGCUGCUGCACAAGUCAGUUGCAACGGUUGCAUCAGUGACUGGUCUAAACGACUCAAUCCUACCAGUGAUUUCUGCUAACAUUUGCGGAUCAAAUGGUCUCUACAAGCGCGGCAACGUUCUUCUGGAUUCUGGAGCUCAGAUAAGUCUAAUCCGCAGCGAAACGGCGGAGAGUCUCGGUCUGAAAGGGAAAGACAUCUCCGUUAACAUCAUAAAAAUAGGUGGAGAGGAAGAGUCAAUCUGCACAAAGAGCUACAAAGUUCAAGUAAGCAGAAUCGGAGAAUCAAAGAAGUACACAAUCACUGCAGUUGGAAUACCAUAUAUCAGCGAGGAUGUCAAAGGAAUCAAUACCAGGAAUGCAAUCGAAAAACUCGGACUACCAAAGGACAAGGUGAAGCGUGGAAAGGGCCAAGUCGACUUACUUGUUGGAAUCGAUCAUGCAUACAUGCACACGGGUAAAACAAAGCAAGUCGAACAUGUGGUCGCGAGAGAAUCGCCACUCGGCUGGGUUCUGUUCGGAUCAUCAACGGGACAGUCAAACAAUGCAACAACAACUGUAUUACACGUGAGGUACCCAGAAGCAGUUGAUUUAUCAGAAUUUUGGACAACCGAAGCCAUGGGAGUAACAGUAAAGCCGUGCACCUGUGAAGCUGAAAAAUUGAGCCAAUCCGAAAGAGAAGAAAAGCAAGUGAUUGAACAGUCUGCAAAAAAGGUUGGAAAGCAGUGGAUGAUUCCAUAUCCAUGGAAGAAAAACCCCCAAGACUUACCAGAUAACAGAAUCCAGGCAUUGAAACGACUAGAGUCAACUGAGCGUCGAUUAUUGAAAAUUCCUACGCAAGCAGCAGCGUACAACAACAAGAUGACAGAAAUGGAAAACAUGGGGUUUUCUCGAAAGUUAUCCGAGAAGGAAGUUAAGGAACACAAAGAACCAGUCCAUUACAUCUCCCACCAUGCAGUUCUAAGACCUGACAGUACAAGCACCCCGGUUCGUAUCGUUUUCAACUCGUCCGCUACGUUCCGAGGACAUAAGCUGAACGAUUAUUGGCAAAAGGGGCCUGAUCUUCUGAACUCUCUAUUCGGAGUUAUUCUCCGUUUUAGGGAAAAUAAAGUUGCCCUCACUGCGGACAUCUCAAAGAUGUACCACCGAAUCCUUAUCCCUGUCGAAGACCAGCAGGUACACCGAUUCCUAUGGAGGAAUUUAGAGAUUGAUAGACCUCCGGACACUUUCGUUAUGAACGUACUUACGUUCGGUGACAAACCUGCACCUGCGAUGGCCCAAGUUGCCUUGCGGAAAACUGCAGAUGAAGGAGCAUCAGAGAACCCGAGAGCAGCAAAAGUUAUAAAGGACAAUUCUUACAUGGACGAUAUUCUGGAUUCAGUUGCUACAAAUGAAGAAGCAAUCGGGUUGACUAAAGCAAUCGACAGCAUCCUUGAUAAUGGCGGGUUUCAUGUGAAGGGAUGGCAAUCAAACGGAGAGUUGAACAGGAAAGACGAGCAAGAAGAUGGUAAUGAAGUUGAUGUUCCUCAUGGAAAACAAGAGUCAAAAGUGCUCGGCCUGGCCUGGAACAAGAAAGAGGAUGUGCUUAAGUAUAAAGUAAAAGUAGAAAUAUGCCACACCCAACAGCCAAAGUUCACAAAGAGGAAGAUCCUAAGCCAAGUCGCUAGAAUAUAUGACCCAAUAGGCUUUGCAGCACCUUACCUUAUAAGGGCAAAGAUUGGUUUGCAGGAACUGUGGCAGCAAGGACUCGACUGGGACCAUGAACUAUCGCAAAGUGAUCAAACAAAAUGGUUGACGUACUUUAAAGAGAUGGAUCAGUUAAACGAAAUAUCGUUGGAAAGAUGUCUAUGUCCCGUUGUAAUGAUUGAGCCACCGAUCUUAUGUGCCUUUGCCGACGCAUCGCGAGAAGCAUUUGGAACAUGUGCAUAUUUGAGAAGUAUAGGACCUAAUGGAGUGGUGAACGUACGGUUUGUUGCAGCAAAGUCACGAGUCGCCCCAUUGAAAGAGCUAACAAUACCCAGAUUAGAACUACAAGCAGCCGUGUUAGCCAGCCGUUUAUGCAAGACCAUCCAAAAUGAACUCCGUAUACCACUAAAAGAGAGUGUCUUGUUUACCGACAGCGCAAUUGUUCUUGCGUGGAUCCGCAGCCAGGGAAGACGACUCAAACCAUUUGUUUCAAGUCGAGUCGGGGAAAUACAAAGCAACGUCCAACCUGCUCAAUGGAGACACAUCGCAACGGAUCAGAACGUGGCAGAUGAUGUAUCCCGUGGUCUCCGUGUUGUUGAGCUGUCGGAUAGAUGGAAAAACGGUCCUGAAUUCCUGUACUUGCCAAAGGAAGAAUGGCCGGUCGAAAACGCAAAACCCGAUGCAAAAGAAGGUGAAAGGGAAUGUAGAAGUUCAAAAUUGGUAGGUGCAGUGACAACGUCAGUAAACGUAAUUGACAGUGAAAGGUUUUCAAGUUGGAGAAAGCUCGUACGAGUUACUGCUUGGGUUUUGAGAGCUAAGUCAACAUUAUUAGCAAAGGUACGGUCGACAGCGAAGGACACAGCAAGAGGAGAUUGCUUAACACCGGCAGAACUCGAAAGAAGUAGGACAUUCUGGAUUAAAAGAGCUCAAACAAAGAUUCGUGCACAAUUGAAAUCUAACGAAUUAAGAUCUCUGAGCCCUUUACCGAUGAAGAAGGCACGGUCAGAGUUGGCGGAAGAAUUGAUAACUCAUUAG